GAUUCAAGAAAAGCAAUAAACCUUUCUUCAAAUUAUUCUUCUUUUUUGUUUUUCUAACAUGGUAUCAGAGCUAUAAGCUCUAAGUUCUUCUCUCUUAUCAUCGCUGUUGGGUUUUUUUUGGGGUUGGAUUUUCAAUUCCAUUCCAGAUCUGAAACUUUGUUGUUAGGAUCUCUUCUCUUACAGAUUGGAUUGUUUAUCCUCGAUUCUCAAGCCCUUUCUGAGGCCCUUUCUGAGGUAUUUUGUUGGUUUGUUAUUUUGAUCUUUGCAUCUAUUUCUUCAAAUUUUUAGAGUUUUUCAGUAUUGUGAGUUUAUAUGACGAGUUUUGAAAGGAUUGUAACUCAUGACGAGUUUUGAAAGGAUUGUAACUUAUCCUGCUACUGCUAUGGUUGCCAAAGAAGUGAUAGAACAACCUAAUGUCAACCUUGAAUCCUUAAAACAGGACCAACGGAGAGGACAACUUCUUGGAACUAGUCGCAAGGUGGGGCGUUUGUUUGAGCUCAACUAUCUGCAUAUUCCUAAUAACAAAAUGGAUACACCAUCAUUUCCAAUUGAUCGAUUCAUCCAAACCCUACUUUGUGCUGUUGAAUUAGAGUCUUUGCAAAUUCCAUAUCAACAAAUCUUCCAAGCCUGUGCUGCUACUAACAUUUCUUCUCUCCAUUUGUGGCACUCACGACUUGGACAUACCUCAGUUGGUAAACUUUGUCCAUUUAUCUCUUGUGGUUUAUUAGGAUCAGUUCCGAAUGAAUCUAUGCAUUGUGUGUCAUGUCAAUCUGCAAAGCAACCAGCUUUAUCUUUUUCAAGUAGUCAUUCUCAUUCUACUGCUCCUUUUGAUCUUGUGCAUUUUGAUGUUUGGGGUCUAUCUCCUAUACCCACCAUGGGGGGUUCCAGUGAUUCUAAUGUAGGUACAUCUAAAGAGCUCUACAAUGCCUCACCGCAUGCUCCAACUAGUUUUGUAGAAGAUGAUCUGCCUGCUGGUAAUGCAUUAGAUAAUUUUGAGCCUUCUUCUACUUCCUCGUCUGUAUCACCUGUUGAUUCUACAAAUGAGCUUGUUGUCCCAUCCUUGAGUCAUCUUACUCAGGAGUAUGGAAUCGACUAUGAGGAGACAUUUGCUCCAGUUGCUUGUCUUACAUCUAUGUGUAGUUUGCUUGCUAUUGCUGCUAUGAGGAGAUGGAAAUUGUUUUAUAUGGAUGUGAAAAAUGCUUUUCUUAAUGGUGACAUAGAAGAAGAAGUUUAUAUGAAACCAUCUCCUAGGCUCAACCAUCCUCCAAACAAGGUAUGCCGAUUGCGUCGUGCAUUAUAUGGAUUGAAGCAAUCCCCUCGAACCUGGUAUGGAAAGUUUAGUGCUACUAUAAGUGAGUUUGGUUUUACUUCUAGUCCUCAUGAUACAGCGUUGUUCAUUCGUAAGACUGCUUGGGGUAUGGUCCUUUUACUUCUUUAUGUUGAUGACAUGAUUAUUACUGGAGAUGAUGUCACAUGUGUUGAGGAGUUAAAACAAUCUCUUAGUCAGAAAUUUGAGAUGAAAGAUCUUGGUGUUCUAAGCUAUUUUUUGGGGCUUGAAGUGACCUUUUCACAUGAUGGCUACAUGCUUUCUCAAGUAAAGUAUGCCUCCGAUCUUGUUUCUAAAGUUGAACUCAAUGAUGGUAAAAGUGUUUCUACACCUCUUGAACCUAAUGUCAAGCUUACACCUAUGGAUGGCUUUCCACUUUCUGAUCCUACUCGCUAUCGGCAAUUGGUUGGUAGUCUGGUUUAUCUUACUACGAUACGCCCUGAUAUAGCAUAUGCAGUUCAUAUUGUUAGGAACAUUAUUUCAUGGACUCCAUUUUCUACCAACUCCUCCCCUGUGCUUCGCGCUUACUCUGAUGCUAAUUGGGCUGGUGAUCCUUUUGAUCGUAGAUCUACCACUGGUUAUUGUCUUUUCCUUGGUAAUUCUCUUAUCUCUUGGAGGAGUAAGAAACAAACUAUUCCAUCUCGCUCUAGUACUGAAGCUGAGUAUAGAGCUCUCGGGGAUACCACAUCAGAACUUUUGUCAUUGCGGUGGCUUCUUGAAGAUAUGGGCAUUCCUCAACCUUCUUCUACUGAUUUAUAUUGUGAUAAUCAAAGUGCUAUGCAGAUUACUCAUAAUGAUGUCUUUCAUGAACACACUAAACACAUUGAGGUUGAUUGUCACUUUAUUCGCCAUCAUGUUGCACAAGGAAUUGUUCAUUUGGUUUUCAUUGGCUCCGCUGAUCAAUUGGCAGACCUCUUUACCAAGGCUCAUUUUCCUGGAUGCUUUCGUACUCUUCUUUCCAAACUCAAGUUGGUUUCAUCACAACCACCUUGAGUUUGAAGGGGGAUGAUAAGAUGUGAACACAAUUAUGUUUAGAAUUAUUGUGAAUAUUUUAUACUUUAGAAUAUUCUCUUUAUAUAUUUUAUACUUUAGAAUAUUCUAUUUAUAUACUUUAUACCUUAGAAUAUUCUCUUUGUAAACACCUAUAUAUAGGUCAUUGUACAUACAAAAUGAUUCAAGAAAAGCAAUAAACCUUUGUUCAAAUUAUUCUUCUUUUCUGUUUUCCCAACAGUUGUUCAGAGAGGAAAUGGCUACCGCAAAGGUUGCAGCACUUACUCAUCAACCCUCCUUCUUGGGAAUGUUAUUCCUAGUUUUGCUUUUCACUUCAGGUACAGUUUCUCUAUUUUGAUUUUAUAAACACAGGUUAAUGGU